UAUUCCCUUUUUCAAAGCAAGUGCGCUAAUUUGCAUAUUUCGUUUUCUUUCUUUAUAUGCACUAGAUAUUUUGUGACUUAUUUAGUGUUGAUGUGUGCUGAUACAACAUCAUUAGGUUCCUCACGACGUUACAUAUAACUUAAAGUCCCUCUGCGCCACUACGCGCAUUGCGCAAUCUCUGUAAGAAAAGUGAAUUUAUCCAUCUGUGGACAAGCUGCGCACAUGCUCACAGUCUCCAUCCCUUUAUGGUUUGACAACGAAAAAAAGUUUUCAUGUCAGUCGGUUAAGAUUCAUUGUUGCCUGUCCAGCCAAUCAUAGUUUUUGACGACACAAAAGAGGCUAAAGUUGGAGUAUAAAAAGGUGUGCGCUAAUAAAGUAUGAUGCCUAUCAGUGUGGGACAUUAAUCCAAACCCAGUCCAGUCGCGCAUUAGGUCCAGCACACACCAAGGGAUCUUUGUAAACCAAACUGCACACCUUAAGAGACAAUGCAUCUGUCUCAGAUUGUGCUGUAUCUGAGCUUGCUUGUUGCUUUGGGUCCAGUAGUUUUGAGUGACCAAGAGACGCACCAGCAGCCCUCCGCCACCAGCCCGCCGGACACGGAGCCGUGCACAACCUGCGAGGUCCGGCAGCAGAUCAAAACCAUGCGAUUAAACGCGAUCAAGUCUCAGAUUUUGAGCAAGCUGCGAAUGAAAGAAGCUCCCAACAUCAGCCGAGAUAUCGUGAAGCAGCUCCUGCCCAAAGCGCCGCCGCUGCAGCAGCUCCUCGACCAGUACGACGUGCUGGGAGACGACAACAAGGAUGCGGUUAUGGAGGAGGACGACGAGCAUGCCGUCACGGAGACAAUCAUGAUGAUGGCCACGGAACCUGGGUCCGUCGUCCAAGUGGAUGGGGAACCAAAGUGCUGCUUUUUCUCUUUUAUUCAAAAGUUUCAAGCCAAUCGAAUAGUCCGGGCUCAGCUCUGGGUGCAUCUGCGCGCUGCGGACGAGGCGACCACGGUGUUCCUGCAGAUCUCGCGGCUGAUGCCGGUCACGGACGGGAGCAGGCACAUACGCAUCCGCUCCCUGAAGAUCGACGUGAGCGCCGGGGUGAGCUCUUGGCAAAGUAUAGACGUCAAACAAGUGUUGACUGUGUGGCUGCGGCAGCCGGAGACCAACUGGGGCAUCGAGAUUAACGCCUUCGAUUCGAGGGGGAAUGACUUGGCCGUGACCUCCGCAGAGCCUGGAGAGGAAGGACUGCAACCGUUCAUGGAGGUGAAGAUCUCGGAGGGCCCCAAGCGUGCCAGGAGAGACUCGGGCCUGGACUGUGACGAGAACUCUCCAGAGUCCAGGUGCUGCCGCUACCCACUCACAGUGGACUUUGAAGACUUUGGUUGGGACUGGAUUAUUGCCCCAAAGCGCUACAAGGCCAACUAUUGCUCCGGGGAGUGUGAGUACAUGCACUUGCAGAAGUAUCCGCACACCCACCUGGUGAACAAAGCCAACCCCAGAGGGACCGCGGGUCCCUGCUGCACCCCGACCAAGAUGUCGCCCAUCAACAUGCUCUACUUUAACCGAAAAGAGCAGAUAAUCUACGGCAAGAUCCCUUCCAUGGUGGUGGACCGUUGUGGAUGCUCUUGAGUUGGAGAGCAACAAGGCAAGAGGGAGGUGUCGCUCAGUCCGCCCUCCAACUUCAGACUUUUUUGACACAACCAAUCCACCAGUUCCGAUGCUUUCCUGCAGAACACGGUGCAAUAGAACCAGAGUAGAGCCCAACCGUCCUGCAGGGCAGCGCUUUCACAACCUGCAUAGCUCUUCCUUUUCUUCCCUCCAGUGAGAUCUUAGCCAUAGAGGCUCGAAGUCAGACGGAUGCAGGCACACACACAUACAUAUACACACACACACACGCUGGAUCCUUGAAGUGAAUGUAGACAGAAAAUGAUCAAAGUUAUCCAAAAAACUGUCUCUGUGUUCUGUGCUGUCCAUUUAUACACACAUGCCGACAGAUUAUACUCGUACGUACGCCGUCUACUCCACUCCACUACCUUUGUAGCCAACAUACAAGCUGUUUGUACACUUUUUGCUACGCUAUGUGUUUUGUGAUAAUCAUUUUUCAAGUUAUGUUUUCAGAGUGAAACCAGGAAUCCUCAUGGACUUUUUGAAAGGGCUUUUGGUGAAAAAAAACACAGCUGGAGACUCUUUAGAGUGAGACUUCACACUGGUAGAACAUGUUUUAGUCCACAUAGGUUCAUAUGGGUGGAUGUAAAGUUGCUGCAUUGGAUCAAACAUAAAGUUCGCAGGUGGUGACGUAGUGGUUGAUCAUUUCUGAGAUCCUAUCGAGACAAAAAUGUUCCACCAGGGUGAGGUACUACUUUAGGUCUUCAUGUACUCCGACAUACAUUCAUACAGCAAAAAUACCCGACUGAGGAGCAUUCCUGCUCAGUCACAAUCUUCACUAUUCAACAAAAAACAGCCUGACCUGCCCGAUACACUUGAAUUAUUCUGAUUGUAAAUUCACAUUACUGGACAGAAGGACUUGAACUGAAGGCACAGUGAAUGCAGCCUACAAAUGAAAAAAUGUGUUUAAGACAGAGAAAAGGGAUUGUUGGAAUGUAUGAUGCUUAAACUCUGUCUUACAAACAAUGCAGUUUGCACUAUGGCACACCAAAAGAAAGAAUUGGUUGCUACAAAAGUUGUAAAAACUGAUUUUGAUAUGUUUGCUAAUUUGUAUUGUAUACAUAUGCCAUUGUUUCCAUUAGGAGUUGCCUUUCUAAAACCACUGUUGGUAAAUGUAUAAAAACCACAAUCUAGCAAGAAAAAAAGAUGUAAUACAGCAACUCUCUAUACUUGUUUUAACAAAUAAAGUUUCUAGCUUGUUUGUUGA